AUGGGACCUCAACCCGAUCUCAGUUCCAGUCGGAAUGUCAGCGUGUCCGCUGAUUCUAACAAUGAAUCAGCCACUUCAUCCCCGAGUCUCAAGGGACCAGUGGAUUCUCUCAUUGAAACCCCCGAUGCACUAGAUCAGCCUGCAGAAGAUAUUUUACCCCGAGAUCGACAGCAGAAAACAGCUACUUAUGACUAUGCCUAUGAGAAGUCCAUGAGUCACGCGGAGGCAAGGCUCUUCUAUCAACAUCAUCAGCUAGCCGCGCGAAACGACACUCCUUUGAGUCCACCAGCCCCAGCCCACUCAGUCGAAUCACACCCCGAAGGGUCACCGGCUAACCUGUCGGAACCAAUGAAUACUCAAAGUCAGAUCUCCCGCGAGGGAUCUAUGGUAUUUGACUCCGAGCCAUCGACACUACGCCUGCAAUCUGCCAGCGAUCCCGAUCUCUCGGUGUCGCAUUUCCUCGAAGAUGACUCAGAUGAGGCGAACGAUUCGGCCCGAAACCAGGCGGCGCUUGUAGGUGCUCUCCAUGGGCAGGGACCCUACUUGGCGGCGGAGAGUCUGCAGAGCGCCAGUGCGGGGAUUGGAGGCCCUCAGGUUGCUAGCGGAUUUUCGUCUAGCAAUAAUGCUGUGACGUCUGAGCUGAACGCUAUCUAUGGCAAAAUCAAGAAACUGCUUGAUCGGCGAUCCCAGUAUCUAGAACUUUCAUUGCAGGGACCCGGAAAUGAUCCCAAAGACCAACCAGACUGGGAAAUCUAUCCUCCCCCUCCAGAACCAGCCUGGGAUGAUGGCAAAGAAUACCAACCCGGCAAUGUCGGUGGCCCAUCUGACUUCACAGGAAAGAAGAGGAAAAUGGGCCAAGACAUCGGGGCGGAUUUUGACAUGGAGGAGUUGAUGCCGCUGCCCAAAGAAUCGCCCUGGACGUAUAGACUGGAUGGCAACAGUGUAUAUCAAGUCUUUGAUUCUGAGGCUGACCAGCAGACACCCAUCGUCCAGAUCCCCUCGUUGCGUGAUUUCUAUAUGGACCUAGAUGCCGUUGUGGAUGUGUCGACCGAUGGACCUGCUAAGAGCUUUGCGUUCAAGCGGUUGUCGUACUUGGAGGGCAAAUUCCAAUUGUAUACGCUGCUCAAUGAAUACCAGGAGAUUGCCGACAGCAAGAAGGUUCCUCACAGAGAUUUCUACAACGUGCGCAAAGUGGAUACCCACGUUCAUCAUUCGGCAUGCAUGAACCAGAAACAUCUUCUUCGCUUCAUCAAGAGCAAAAUGAGAAAGUCUCCGGAUGAAGUUGUCCUUUUCCGAGACGGCAAACAUCUGACCUUGAGAGAGGUCUUUGAGAGUAUCAACCUGACUGCUUAUGACCUGAGCAUCGAUACUUUGGAUAUGCACGCACACACUGACUCUUUCCACCGAUUUGACAAAUUCAAUCUGAAAUAUAAUCCAGUCGGUGAAUCCCGACUGCGAGAAAUUUUCCUCAAAACAGACAAUUACAUUGAAGGUCGCUAUCUCGCAGAGAUCACCAAGGAAGUGAUUUCAGACUUGGAAUCUAGCAAAUACCAAAUGGUGGAAUGGCGAAUCUCGAUUUACGGUCGUUCCCUUCAGGAAUGGGACAAGCUUGCGGCCUGGGUGGUGGAUAACAAGUUGUUUUCGCCUAAUGUUCGCUGGCUUAUCCAGGUACCUCGUCUCUAUGAUGUUUACAAAGCAAGUGGCAUGAUGGAGAACUUUGAACAAGUCAUCACCAAUGUCUUCCAGCCGUUGUUCGAAGUGACCAAAGAUCCUUCUAGUCAUCCCAAACUUCACAUCUUCCUUCAGCGAGUGGUUGGAUUCGACAGUGUGGAUGACGAAAGCAAGCCCGAGCGCCGACUGUAUAGAAAGUACCCCAUCCCCCGGGAGUGGAGCACCAAGCAGAAUCCGCCUUACACUUACUGGUUAUACUUCAUGUUCGCCAACAUCGCUUCCCUCAACAACUGGCGGAAACGUCGAGGAUUCAACACGUUUGUUCUACGCCCUCAUUGCGGAGAGGCAGGCGACCCCGAUCAUCUGGCUGUCGGGUUCCUCUGCUGUCACAGCAUCAGUCAUGGUAUCUUGUUACGCAAGGUACCGCUUCUGCAAUACCUCUACUACCUAGAUCAGAUCGGCAUUGCCAUGUCACCACUCAGCAACAACGCUUUGUUCCUCACAUACGAUAAGAACCCUUGCGCUAGCUUCUUCAAGCGAGGACUCAACGUCUCUUUGUCCACCGAUGAUCCCUUGCAGUUUGCAUUCACAAAAGAGCCCCUCAUCGAGGAGUACUCGGUCGCAGCGCAGAUCUACAAAUUCAGCGCAGUCGACAUGUGCGAACUCGCCAAACAUUCAGUCGACCAAAGUGGAUUUGAGCUUUCCCUUAAAGAAAGAUGGCUUGGGUCAAAUUGUUCCAUGCCUGGAGUUGCUGGCAAUCAUGUAGCAAAGAGCAAUGUACCAGAUAUUCGUGAGGCAUUUCGACAUGAGACUUUGCUCGGGGAAUUGUCCUUGAUCGAGCGAUACUCCGAGGCCAAUGGAACCGGAGAUCAGAAGGGCUUGGGUCCAGGUCCAUCAGGAGAAGCGGCGUUCUCGAAGCAUGAUCAGCAUACACCUAAGCUUGAGUCGCAAUCUCAAUCUGAGCUCCGAUCAAGUGCAGCUGGCACUACGGAUGUCUCACCUAGGGAGGCCCAUGGUACAGGUCAGAUAGCUACCUCCCCACUGACUCCAUCGACAUACUUGGCUCGAUCACCUCACCUUGGAACGGGUGAGUUCUCAUCCCCUGGUAGCAAUACUGCCCUCGGAACGGGAGUUGGGGGAUCAGAUGGUUUACCAGAGCAGAGUAUUUUCCCGGGUAUCAUUCAUGAGAGGGCUCAAAAGGGAAGUAUUUAA